CAUUUACGUACGUGUAUCUAUAAUACGCAAAUGCACCGCAUAGUCUUUCUCCUCCUUUGAUGGUCUAAAUCUGACGUGACAUCUCCCUCUCUUGUUUCUUUUCCUCUCUCUCAAAACAGAAACGUCAUGUUUAUCUCGGGAAAUCAACGGCGGAAGGAUGAGGUCGCCGCCGCGAGGAGAGAAGCUUCUUCUUGGGACUUCCCUUUCAACGACAUUAACGUUCAACAUCAUCGUCGCUGCAACAUAAGUCAUGAGUUUGAUAUCUUGAAGAGUCCUCUUGGAGAUAAUGUAGAAGAGAGUAAUAAUCAUAACCCUAUUUAUAGUAACAACGAGAGCGGUAAGAAGGAGACGACAGAUAGUGGACAGUCUUGGUCUUCCUCGUCCUCAAAACCGUCUGUCUUGGGGAGAGGACAUUGGAGACCAGCCGAAGAUAUGAAACUCAAAGAGCUUGUCGCCAUUUACGGUCCACAAAAUUGGAACCUCAUAGCUGAAAAGCUUCAAGGAAGAUCUGGGAAGAGCUGUAGACUUCGGUGGUUUAAUCAAUUGGACCCGAGAAUAAACAGAAGAGCUUUCACUGAGGAUGAAGAAGAGAGACUUAUGCAAGCGCAUAGGCUUUAUGGUAACAAAUGGGCAAUGAUUGCAAGGCUAUUUCCUGGUAGGACUGAUAACUCUGUCAAGAACCAUUGGCAUGUUAUCAUGGCUCGUAAGUAUAGAGAACACUCAUCUGCUUACCGUAGGAGGAAACUCAUGAUUAAUAAUCCCCUUAAACCUCAUCUUCCUAACCCUAACCCUAAUUACCACUCUUUUAUCUCCACUCAUCAUUACUUUACUCAGCCUAUCCACGAGCUUAACUUUACUCAUCACAUGGUUAAUAAUGCGUCUAUCACGCCUGACCAUAACCAGCUUGUGUUGCCUAUCAAUUGUUUUCAAGGUUACGAGAGCAAUGAGAAUCCAAUGGUUGUGAGCAUGUUUGGCAACCAAAUUAUGGGCCGCGAUAAUGUUGGUGCCAUGUCAGAAGGGUUAUAUGAUUUUUCGUACAUUGACUCUACGAGCCACGAGAAAGGAGUGUCAAAUGAGCCAAUGAGCUGGAUCGGAAUGGAAGGUGAAGAUGAGGAGGAGAAGGCAAAGCAACAACCACAAUUUUUCGAUUUUCUUGGCUUGGGGACGGCAUGAAACUUGAACAAAUUAAGUGGUGUUAUAAUGAGUUAACUAAAGUUAUUAAUUUGGUUAGAGAAAAGCAAGUCAUCUGUACUAGCUAGAAAGCAAACAAACCAAGAUCCAAGUCCCUUUUGUCUGCUUUAAUUAGUAAGAUGUAGAUUGUUGUUGUGGGGAGGUUUUUUUUAACAAUUGUUGUGGGGCGUCUAAUGUGUAAACAUUUGAUAAAUCUCGCUAAUUAUAGUAACUCUUUGGUAUA